GCAAAGAAAGCAGGAGCUGCAGGAUCAUGUGGAAUACUUUCAUGGAGACAUCCUGACACUGAAGACACAAGGAUGUCUUGGCCCGCUCUGUACACUCAGUUGGUCGGGGCGAACCGUCAUGCCACCAGCCUGGGUAAAAUCUGGCUCUCUGUGCUUUUUAUUUUCCGGGUCAUGGUGCUGGUUGUUGCCGCGGAGAGCGUCUGGGGGGACGAGCAGUCUGACUUCACCUGUAACACAUUGCAGCCUGGCUGUGAAAACGUCUGCUAUGAUCAGUUCUUUCCUGUGUCCCACAUCCGUCUCUGGUGUCUUCAGCUUGUCUUUGUCUCCACGCCAACACUCCUGGUUGCCAUGUAUGUGGCCUAUCGUAACCACAGAGAUAAGAGGAAGCUCCUUCAGAGUCCUGGUAGAGCUGGGUUUCUCAGUGCAAAGGGCCAAGAUGAGGAGUUAGAGACUCUGAAAAAGCGGAGGCUCCCAAUAGCUGGUGCCCUCUGGUGGACAUAUGCCUGCAGCCUGGUGUUCAGGCUGCUGUUUGAAGCAGGAUUCAUGUAUGCUCUGUAUGUGGUGUACGAUGGUUUCCAGAUGCCACGGCUGGUGCAAUGUGAUCAAUGGCCAUGUCCUAACCUGGUGGACUGCUUCAUCUCACGUCCAACUGAGAAAACCAUCUUCACUGUUUUCAUGGCCACUACCUCAUCUAUCUGCAUGGUCCUUAACAUGGCUGAACUUGUAUAUCUUGUCAUCAAGGCUGUCUCUAGGGGUCUCUGUGAUCAGAAGGAGAGGAAAUUAGGCAGCAGAGAGAAGAUGCGGAUCAGGACUAACCAGAAGUCACUUGUUUCAACCUGAUUUUGAAAUGUAGCUAGAAGACGGAGGGUGGAGAAGAAACUGAUAAAAACAUUGUCAUUUUAGAGAUAUAAUGCAUGUGUGAGAAUCAUAAAUGUAAAUACAACUCACAAAUUGGACAUUUUCAAUGAUAAUCUAUAGAAAAUCAAGGGGUGGAGAGGAUGUUAGCAUCUUAAAACUAUACUUUCAUGUUAAAUGAGGUUGUAUGUAGAUAAGCUGUUUAACAAAUAAAAAUAUAAAUACAUCAUGUGCAUUUAACUACAUGUGUUU